AUGACGGCGGUGGAAAGCAGUCAGAGGAUAGAGGAUGAUAAGGAAAAGGAGGAGGAGAUACAACUAAAUCCACUGCAAGACACGUGGUCAUAUUACUUGUUUAUAUGCAAUAAAUCCUUAAUUUGGGAAGAAUGUACGGAGAAAGUGGCCACAUUUAGCACCAUUGAGCAUUUCUGGAGUGUACUGUCUCAUACAGUCAGGCCUUCUAAAAUGGUUAAUGGCAACGAUCUGUACAUGUUCAAGUGUGAUAUCAAACCAAAAUGGGAAGACCCGAAGAAUGAGAAUGGCGGACGCUGGUUGAUCAAUAUUUCUCAGCAACAUAAUGUUGAUUUUUUGUGGGACGAGUUAUUGAUGCUUCUCAUCGGUUCUGAUUGGGAUACAGAUGAAGAGGAAGAGCUGAUAUGCGGGGCAGUAUUUCAACCUCGUGCUCGAGGUCAUAAAAUGGCAGUUUGGCUGUCUAGUGAUAAUGAAGAGCGGACUAUAAUGCAAAUUGGAAAGCGAAUUAAAGAACGCUUAGAACUAGACGAGACAAUAUACUUUCAGCCUGUUUGUGACCAGAAAAACUAUGCUAGAGGCAGAGAUAUACACACUGGAAAAUAUCAAACUUAA